CUGACUAUGCUAGUGCUCAGUGAAAUAACAGCUCUAUUGUACGUUUCCCGGCAGGGCGGGACGGGGGUCGGACAAAUCACUGACAGACGUGCCUACAAUUUCACUGCCUCAAGAACUCAGCAGGAGUUUUCCCCCUGAGUUUUCCUCAGUUAAUAUAUGGGUGAAAAAAUGUGUCCCCCUUUUUCUCUUGUUUAUAUUAAAGCUGCUAUUCCUAAUAGCGCAGCAGGAAUACUCUUACUACCUCAGCAACCAAAUCCGCUAGCUCCCACAAUGCAACAGUGUUUCUAGUUCCACAGUGAGGGGCUGGCCCUGCGAAACAAGGUGUGUGGAAGAGGCGGGGCUUAGCUCCGGCCAAUAGCAGGCUGCCUGGGCGGCUCCAGGUACUGUACUUCAUAAAAAGCCGAAAAGUAGUGUAUGACUUCACCCUAGCUGCUCCCCUUAGAAGAGUCUGAAGGUCCGUGUCGCCCAUUUGUACCCAGAAGAGAAAAAACUUGAGAAAAAAAUGGUUCAGGUUAAAAACAUUUGCUGCAUCGGUGCUGGGUACGUCGGAGGUCCGACAUGUACAGUCAUAGCUCAGAUGUGUCCAGAAGUCAUGGUCACAGUGGUGGACAUCAACGAGGAGAGAAUCCGUGCCUGGAACUCUGACCAGCUGCCAAUUUAUGAGCCUGGUCUCCAAGAAGUGGUGGAUGGAUGUCGAGGGAAGAAUCUCUUCUUUUCAACUAAUAUAAAUGAAGCCAUUAAAAAAGCUGACAUCAUCUUUAUUUCGGUGAACACUCCCACCAAAACUUUUGGCCUGGGUAAGGGCCGAGCAGCUGACUUGAAAUACGUAGAAGCUUGUGCUCGCCAGAUUACCGAUGUUGCUGAUGGCUACAAGAUUGUAGUGGAAAAGAGCACGGUGCCCGUACGAGCAGCUGAAAUUAUUCGGCGGAUUUUCAAAACCAGCACUAAACCCAACCUGUCUUUCCAGGUUCUUUCAAACCCAGAGUUUUUGGCAGAAGGCACUGCCAUUGAGAAUUUAAAGAACCCAGACAGAAUCCUCAUUGGAGGAGAUGAGACACCAGCAGGCCAGAAAGCCAUUGCAGCCCUCAGUGAAGUGUAUGAACACUGGGUUCCUAAGAGUAAAAUAAUCACAACCAACACCUGGUCAUCUGAGCUUUCCAAGCUGGCCGCUAAUGCAUUUUUAGCACAAAGGAUCAGCAGUAUCAAUUCAAUCAGUGCACUAUGCGAAGUAACAGGAGCUGAUGUAGGAGAAGUUGCUCAUGCUAUUGGGACUGAUCAGAGGAUUGGCCGUCCUUUCCUGCAAGCAAGUAUUGGAUUCGGAGGCAGCUGUUUUCAAAAGGAUAUUCUAAACUUAAUAUACAUAUGUGAGACACUCAGCCUUCAUGAGGUGGCUUUGUACUGGCAGCAGGUGCUGGACAUCAAUGAAUAUCAGCGGCGGAGAUUUGCUUCUCGCAUUGUAAACUGCCUGUUUAACACAGUGGCAGACAAGAAGAUAGCACUUCUGGGGUUUGCAUUCAAGAAAGAUACUGGUGAUACAAGGGAAUCGUCCAGCAUCUACGUCUGCAAAUAUCUGAUGGACGAGGGAGCUCACCUGGCCAUCUAUGAUCCGAAAGUCAAGAGAGAACAGAUUAUACGAGACCUUUCCCACUCAGCCAUCUCUGGGGACAAUCCGGAGAGAGUGUCAGAACUGGUAACCAUCACACCAGAGCCGUAUGCUGCUUGUGAAAACACCCACGCACUGGUCAUCUGUACAGAGUGGGACCUUUUUAAGAAUUUGGACUAUGAAAGGAUUUAUGGCAAAAUGCUGAAGCCUGCGUUUAUCUUUGAUGGAAGAAGGGUCUUGGACGAUUUGCAUAAGAGACUGCAGCAAAUUGGCUUUCAGGUGGAAACCAUUGGGAAAAAGGUCAAUCCGGUGGCUUCAUUAGUCUCCCGAGCAGCUUCCAAACCUGAAGAGCAAGAUCCAACCCCACCAAAGAAAGUUAAAAUGUAAAAUGUUUUGUUAAUGUAAAAUAGUUCAAAUCUAUUUUAUUAAUAUAGUUCAUUUGAUAUGGAAAAGUACUUCUAAAACAACUGGACUUGCUAAAUGCAGUUAUUACUGUAGAAAUGUCCCUAUAAAGUUAUGGAACCUUUUCUUAUGUAUCUGGAAUAUUUAUCUCUAUAUAAAAUGUACUUUUGCUUUAUAGUCUCCCUUUAAAGUCUAGUUCUGUUGGACUCUUAUGCCACCAAAAACUACAUUAACUAUUUUGUUUGUGGUUAAAGGGGCUGUUAACCUUCCAACACUUUUCUUCAGCUAGUUCACCAGAAAUAAAGACUUUUUUUGGUUCCUUAUCAUCUACUAUUUAUGACCGUUCUUAUAAUAUUGAAACUUAAAGUUAAAAUGAAUGUCCUUCUAAAGCAGCUUCGGUAGGGGUGGGGGGUCACCGACUGUAAACUGUUCUAAAUUGGUACAUUGAAAAAAUUUGAACUGAAAAUGUAUUUGGAAGCCAAACAACCCCUUUAAUAAUAUUUUUUUA